AUGGGCACUCCCUCCAAACGCCUCUGCGUCCGCGCGCUCCUCUCGUGGCCUUCCCAGCGCACCUUCACGACUUCAGCCUGCCGCCAUGCCUCCUCAACGGCAGAAGACGACAUCGACCUGGACGCCCUAACCUCCCAAUCCGGCGUGACCGACACCAGCACCACCGAAUCGCGCUCCGACCUCAUGGCCCUUAAAUCCAUGGACCUCUCCUCCCGCGCCCACCGCGAGCUCGAACAACACCGUGAGCUGCGCGAAAUGGUGCGGCUCGCGGCAUGGGAGAUGCCUCUGCUGUCCCAACUAAGCAGACCUCACGUACCACCGCGGGAGGACCAAGUGCUUCGAUGGCGGUACACAACAUACAUGGGCGAAGUACACCCGGCGGCAAGAAAGGUCGUGGUCGAGUUCCAGCCAGAGCGAAUACCGAAUCUCAGCGACAAGCAGCGACAGAAACUGCUGAAGCUCGCGGGGCCACGGUACGAACCCGGCACGAAGACGGUCAAGAUGAGCUGCGAGAGCUUCGAGACCCAGGCGCGGAACAAGCGAUACUUGGCCGACACCAUCAGCAGCCUCGUCACGACGGCGCGGGAUCAGGAGGGAGAUCAGUUCGAGGAUGUGCCGUUGGAUGUACGACAUUACAAGCCCAAGACCAAGUACAAGUAUCCCAAAGAGUGGAUCAUGACGGCGCAGCGAAAGAAGGAGCUGGAAGGGAAGAGGCGAGCGGCGAUGCUGGAAGAUGGUAGGAGGGUGGAGGAAGGGAGGUUGAUCAGUGGUAUCAAGGCGAUUGAAGAGGCGAGGAAGGUCUCUGCGAAGGCCAUCGAGGAGCCGAUCAUGGCGGAGGCGAGGCGGCCGAUGGUGAAGGGCAAAAUGGGCCGCAAAGAGAUGGGACAGAGGGGUGGGAGGGUGCAGUAA